UUUCUCUCUCUCAGACUCCACCCCGGGCCCCCUUCCUGACCCGAGUCCGCCGGCCCCGGGGGGGAGAAGCCAACUCGAUUCGGGUCGCCUGGGAAAGGAGCUCGGGAUUGCGAGGGCACGGGGCUCGGGAGAGAAACCUACAGCAACUAGUCAUCGGCGAGUGAUGGGUGUGGAGAAAGAUCCAGAGGGAAGGGUCCCGGGGAGGCGAGCGGCCGGGCCAGACAAAAGCUGAAGGAGCGGCGCGGAGCUGAGCAGCCCGCCGGGAGCAAUGCGGAGGGUCCCUGUGGUCUCGGGGGUGCCCUCCGACAGCUUCUUUCCGAAGCUGGGAAAGCGGACAAGUGCUGAAAUGGACUGCUGAAUUAUGAAGUAUUUCAGACCCAGUAGCAGAACAUCACUCAGCCACUCACUCCUUUAUCUCCUACUAGUUAUUUAAAUUGGACUUUUAAUAUCCUACCAGCUGCUCUUCAGACACACAUGGUGCAUUGUUACCAUUCCCCGGAUUGCAUCUUUGAAACACAAGCUCUUAGUAACCUUCAGCAAACAAAGAGGCAACCUCCCGGGUCCGUCUACCGGGAGGGAGUCAUCCUGACUGCCCUCUAGCUUUUGCUGGAUCUGGAUUUGAAUUCCACCAUGGAGCCUCGAAUGGAGUCCUGCCUGGCUCAGGUGUUGCAAAAGGAUGUGGGGAAACGACUGCAGGUUGGCCAGGAACUUAUAGACUAUUUCUCAGACAAACAGAAGUCUGCUGACCUUGAGCAUGAUCAGACCAUGUUAGAUAAGCUUGUGGAUGGACUCGCUACCUCUUGGGUGAACUCUAGUAAUUACAAGGUGGUUCUUCUGGGCAUGGAUAUCCUGUCGGCUCUGGUGACCCGGCUGCAGGAUCGGUUCAAGGCGCAAAUCGGCACAGUGCUGCCAAGUCUAAUAGACAGACUGGGAGAUGCUAAAGACUCUGUAAGGGAGCAAGACCAAACUCUGCUGCUAAAGAUCAUGGAUCAAGCUGCUAAUCCCCAGUAUGUAUGGGACAGAAUGCUUGGAGGCUUCAAACACAAGAAUUUCCGUACAAGAGAAGGCAUCUGUCUCUGCCUUAUUGCAACACUCAAUGCCUCUGGAGCACAUACUCUGACACUAAGCAAGAUCGUGCCACACAUAUGUAACUUACUUGGAGACCCAAACAGUCAGGUUCGAGAUGCAGCAAUAAACAGCUUAGUGGAAAUUUACAGACAUGUAGGAGAACGCGUGAGGGCAGAUCUCAGUAAAAAAGGAUUGCCACAGUCCCGGCUGAAUGUCAUUUUUACAAAAUUUGAUGAAGUCCAAAAAUCUGGAAACAUGAUACAAUCUGCAAACGAUAAAAAUUUUGAUGAUGAAGAUUCCGUGGAUGGUAAUAGACCUUCUUCUGCCAGUUCUACAUCAUCCAAAGCUCCUCCAAGCUCACGGAGAAACGUUGGAAUGGGAACCACCCGCCGGCUUGGGUCAUCCACUCUUGGAUCCAAGUCUUCAGCUGCAAAGGAAGGUGCCGGUGCUGUUGAUGAAGAGGAUUUUAUUAAAGCAUUUGAUGAUGUACCUGUAGUGCAGAUUUAUUCCAGCCGCGAUCUUGAAGAAUCCAUAAACAAAAUUAGGGAAAUAUUAUCUGAUGACAAACAUGAUUGGGAGCAGAGAGUAAAUGCUCUAAAAAAGAUUAGAUCUUUACUUUUGGCUGGUGCUGCUGAGUAUGAUAACUUCUUUCAACAUCUGCGUCUUUUGGACGGAGCCUUUAAACUCUCUGCUAAGGAUCUGCGGUCUCAGGUAGUGCGAGAGGCUUGUAUCACGUUGGGGCAUCUGUCAUCGGUUCUAGGAAAUAAAUUUGACCAUGGAGCUGAAGCCAUUAUGCCAACUAUAUUUAAUUUAAUUCCAAACAGUGCCAAAAUUAUGGCCACUUCUGGUGUUGUAGCUGUUAGAUUAAUCAUUCGGCACACACACAUCCCUAGACUAAUACCUGUUAUAACAAGCAACUGUACCUCUAAGUCUGUUGCAGUUAGAAGGCGCUGUUUUGAAUUUUUAGAUUUGCUUCUACAAGAAUGGCAGACACAUUCACUGGAAAGACACAUAUCAGUAUUAGCUGAAACAAUAAAGAAGGGAAUCCAUGAUGCUGAUUCUGAAGCAAGAAUAGAAGCCAGGAAAUGUUACUGGGGCUUCCAUGGUCAUUUCAGCAGAGAAGCAGAGCACUUAUACCAUACUCUGGAGUCCUCCUACCAGAAAGCCCUGCAGUCCCAUUUGAAGAACUCGGACAGCAUAGUGUCUCUGCCCCAGUCUGAUCGUUCAUCUUCCAGCUCUCAGGAGAGUCUCAAUCGGCCGCUCUCUGCCAAAAGAAGCCCAACUGGCAGCACCACAUCUAGAGCUUCUACAGUUAGCACCAAGUCUGUAUCAACAACUGGAUCCCUCCAGCGAUCUCGAAGUGACAUCGAUGUGAACGCAGCUGCCAGUGCCAAAUCUAAAGUCUCCUCGUCUUCAGGCACGACACCCUUCAGUUCUGCAGCGGCUUUGCCUCCAGGGUCCUAUGCAUCUUUAGAGUCCAGACCCCUGAGGGAAGACUUGGAGUACGUAGGCCUGGAUGCAGAUGGUACUACCACUAAAGCGGAGGGUCGCAUCCGCACAAGAAGACAAAGCUCCGGGAGUGCCACCAAUGUUGCUUCUACACCUUCUGACAGUCGGGGCCGCAGUCGUGCUAAAGUGGUUUCACAGUCUCAGCGAUCCAGAUCUGCUAAUCCUGCUGGUGCUGGCAGUCGGUCGAGUUCCCCCGGGAAAUUGUUGGGAAGUGGCUAUGGUGGACUUGCUGGUGGUUCUUCGAGAGGCCCACCUGUGACACCAUCUUCAGAAAAACGAAGCAAGAUUCCCAGGAGUCAGGGGUGUAGCCGAGAAACAAGUCCAAACCGAAUAGGAUUAGCACGGAGCAGCCGUAUCCCUCGACCCAGCAUGAGUCAGGGGUGCAGCCGCGAUACCAGCCGUGAGAGCAGCCGAGAUACAAGCCCCGCUCGGGGCUUCCCUCCACUCGCCUCUCGACGUCAUUCCAGGUCCACUAGUGCUCUCUCCACUGCUGAAUCUGUUGGGCAGUCAGACCGAUUUGGGCUGGGCCAGCCAGGAAGAAUACCAGGUUCCGUGAAUGCCAUGCGGGUUUUGAGCACCAGUACAGAUCUGGAAGCUGCAGUUGCUGAUGCUUUGCUGUUAGGAGACGCCAGGAGCAAGAAGAAGCCUGUGAGGAGGAGAUAUGAGCCAUAUGGGAUGUAUUCUGAUGAUGACGCCAACAGCGAUGCCUCAAGUGUUUGCUCCGAGCGCUCCUAUGGCUCCAGGAAUGGCGGCAUUCCCCAUUAUUUGCGGCAGACCGAGGAUGUAGCAGAAGUUCUCAACCACUGUGCAAGUUCAAACUGGUCAGAAAGGAAAGAAGGGCUGCUGGGCUUGCAGAACUUGCUGAAGAGCCAAAGAACACUGAGUCGAGUAGAAUUGAAGAGAUUGUGUGAGAUCUUCACCCGAAUGUUUGCUGACCCUCAUAGCAAGAUUGCUGAUUCAGAAGCAGAAUGUGAGGAUAAAGAAGGAAAUUUGUUAUCAUCAGAAGGCUCUUGUCCAAGAGUUUUCAGUAUGUUCUUGGAGACUCUAGUGGAUUUUAUAAUAAUUCAUAAGGAUGACUUGCAAGACUGGCUUUUUGUCCUUCUCACACAAUUACUUAAGAAAAUGGGAGCAGAUUUACUUGGCUCUGUGCAAGCAAAAGUUCAGAAGGCCCUAGAUGUCACAAGGGACUCCUUUCCAUUUGAUCAACAGUUUAACAUUUUGAUGAGAUUUAUUGUGGAUCAAACUCAGACUCCAAACCUCAAGGUCAAAGUUGCAAUCCUGAAAUACAUUGAGUCUCUGGCCAGACAGAUGGACCCAACAGAUUUUGUAAACUCUAGCGAGACGAGGCUUGCUGUUUCUAGAAUCAUUACCUGGACAACAGAACCAAAGAGUUCAGAUGUGAGAAAGGCAGCACAGAUUGUGCUCAUCUCUCUGUUUGAAUUGAACACUCCGGAAUUUACCAUGUUACUUGGUGCCUUGCCCAAAACAUUCCAGGAUGGUGCCACCAAACUGCUGCAUAACCACCUCAAGAACUCUAGUAACACUAGUGUGGGAUCUCCAAGCAAUACAAUUGGCCGGACGCCCUCCCGACACCCCAGCAGCAGGACCAGCCCUCUGACCUCACCUACCAACUGUUCCCAUGGGGGUCUAUCACCAAGUCGGUUGUGGGGUUGGAGUGCCGAUGGGUUAUCGAAGCACCCACCUCCCUUUUCUCAGCCUAACUCCAUUCCCACCGCUCCCUCCCACAAGACUCUCAGGCGCUCUUACUCUCCCAGCAUGCUGGACUAUGACACAGAGAACCUGAACUCUGAAGAAAUCUAUAGUUCUCUGCGGGGAGUUACAGAAGCCAUUGAAAAGUUUAGUUUCCGAAGCCAAGAAGAUCUGAAUGAGCCAAUUAAGCGUGAUGGCAAAAAGGACUGUGAUAUCGUGUCCCGCGACGGAGGAGCUGCCUCGCCAGCCACCGAGGGCCGGGGAGGCAGUGAAGGGGAGGGAGGCAGGACAGCUCUAGACAACAAGACCUCCCUCCUCAACACCCAGCCUCCGCGUGCCUUCCCAGGACCGCGUGCACGGGAGUACAACCCGUAUCCCUACUCAGACACCAUCAACGCCUACGACAAGACCGCCCUGAAGGAAGCCGUGUUUGACGAUGACAUGGAGCAGCUCAGAGAUGUGCCCAUUGACCAUUCUGACCUGGUGGCUGACCUGCUGAAAGAACUGUCCAACCACAACGAGCGGGUGGAGGAGCGGAAAGGUGCCCUGCUAGAGCUGCUCAAGAUCACCAGGGAAGACAGCCUGGGCGUCUGGGAGGAGCACUUCAAGACCAUCUUGCUGCUGCUGCUGGAGACCCUUGGAGACAAAGAUCAUUCAAUUCGAGCACUGGCAUUGCGAGUUUUACGGGAAAUUCUGAGAAACCAGCCUGCAAGAUUCAAAAACUACGCUGAGCUGACGAUCAUGAAGACUCUGGAAGCCCACAAAGACUCCCACAAGGAGGUGGUGCGAGCUGCUGAGGAGGCUGCCUCCACACUGGCCAGUUCCAUCCACCCAGAGCAGUGCAUCAAAGUGCUCUGCCCCAUCAUCCAGACAGCCGACUACCCCAUCAACCUGGCCGCCAUCAAGAUGCAGACCAAAGUCGUGGAGAGAAUCGCCAAGGAGUCCUUGCUGCAGCUCCUCGCCGACAUCAUCCCGGGCCUGCUGCAGGGUUAUGACAACACGGAAAGCAGCGUGCGGAAGGCCAGCGUGUUUUGCUUAGUGGCAAUUUAUUCCGUAAUCGGAGAAGACCUGAAACCUCACCUCGCACAGCUCACGGGGAGCAAGAUGAAGCUACUAAACUUAUACAUAAAGAGGGCACAGACCACCAACAGCAACAGCAGCUCCUCCUCCGACGUCUCCACGCACAGCUAGUGGCAGUGCCAGUCUCUGUGCAGAGUCAGACGCCAUCGGUGGUGCCUCAGACCCCCCAUCGGCUGCCCAGUCAGUACGAGGAGGCCCGCACAUAUUUAUUACAAUCAGUAUUUUGGUCCCUUCCAGCUUUUGUGUAGAAUCUUACUGGUAUUGAAUGUAACGGAAGCAAGGCCUGUAUCGCAGUCUUCGUAGAGACGAAAGGAAUGAGAACAACAAGAGCCAUACUUACACACGUCUUGUACCGCCUGUUGCAAUCACAAAAUCAUGUAUGUGGGGUGCAGUUUUUAACAAUCAGAGCUCUCUAGCCAAUGCUUGGUAGACAGUAGCUUUUCUUUUUUUUUUUUUUCAGUUAAUAAUGGAUGUGGGAGUGUUCCUUAUUCUCAGCUUACAUUCUUAUGAAAUGGCCUGUGUGAGGCGAAGCCCCCUACCCUUUUCCCAUCUGAUACCAAGAAAGGGUGCAUGUCUUUAGGUUGGUUUUGAGACCUCCUAAAAGUGGAACUCAAGCCUUAGCAGGAAAAGGAGAAGAGCUGGAAGCUGGUCUGUCACUUAGCUCACGCAAAAUGGAGCCGGCUGUCCUGGCUUUGAGCACAGAGUCAGGAAGGCCCCUCUGAACAACUCGUCAGAUGUCCCUGCCCCAGAGCUGCCAUGCCAGAAGAAUUCUUGAAGUAUAAGUCCAACCAUACUUAUAAUUGACCGCAUCCAUCAGAGAUGGAUUGCAUCGUGUGAUGCACAGAAGGUAUAAGUCUGUCUCUCUCCCUGCUAAGGUCUUGGGGAAUGGCUGUUGAGAUAGGGAUUCUCCCAGGACUCCCCAGGUCAGUGAUUCAAAUCUGGUGCCAUCUCCCUUCCCUCCCCAUCAGCUUUGCCUAAGCUGUUCAGUUCUAAAAUGUUCUCAGCUAAUCUAGCAAACGCCUACUUUACCAGCCCAGUUUUGGCUUCUCUAUGUAAUUUGAGAUUAACAGCAAAAAAAAAAGUGUAGAAAAAUCAUGUUUAUCCAAAUCAUUUUUAAUUUUAUAAGUUGAAGUACUUUCUUGAUUGUUAGUCACUGUUUAAGGUGAGCGGCAGAUGGCAGAACUACAGGAUUUGAAACACACCUUUAGAGUCUGUUUCCUUCCCAGGGAAACCACCGGCUCCCUUUUUAAGCUCUUUAGGGUGCAGUUGCUACAAAUAAAUGAGUCUUGAGUAAAGUUCUUAAGCCAGAUGGCAGUCUAAUGCAAUCAUGAAAUCAUCUGCCAUCACUUACUGUUAGAUCCUCCAUAAGGAAAGUGCUUCCUUGGACAUUAAUUUUAGUGAGGUCUUGGCUGUCCUAGUGCAGAGUCCUCUGCAGCUGUGAGGACUGAAACCAAGGCUGAGGCACCGGAGUUUGUGCUUCUCAUCCCCCAUUCCCACCACCCCCUUCUCUGGCCCUCUAGAUUUGACGGGGGAAGUUGUGAAUGAUAGGUAAUAUAUUUGGAAACAGUCACUGAGUAUGAAGACCCCCUGAUCUCCAGGUGUGUAUGUGUAGGGGAUAUCUUAUCAGGUGUCAGGUACCCCACUGCUGCUGCUUAGGGAACUUGAGGGGUGCAUCUAAGUGGUUGACUAUUAUUGACUGACUUUGGCUCAAAACAGCAGGACCAGGCCUUACUUUCAAUGAUAAAUACUGUUCGUGUGUUUGCUUGUUUGUUAAUAGUUCAUUAAUGGGAUUUCGUUUUUAUACUCUCCUGAGUCCCAGCAUCAGUUGGUCGCCCCUCUGUGUGGAAACCCGUCCUGGUGAGGUCUUCUUUGUGGGUUCUCCUACACCUAAUCAGUCAGACCCUUCUUUUGGAGCUCUUUGGCUUCCAAAAGGUCACCACACCCCCAGUGUAGUUGGAAGGCUCUCGAACAUUGCCUGAUGUCCUCCCCGUACUUACAAAGGGCUAGCCUUGAAUGUCACUUGCGCCCUCUUCAAUCUCCUGACUAGAGACAGAGAACAAUCACUUCACAGGUCAUUUGGCCUCAAUCUGAAAAUCGCUGCCCACCGUGCCACGCCGAGGAGACUCGCAUGCCGCCACCACCUCACCAGGGUGGCUGUGUCCACGCCGGCUGCCCUCCAAACCCUGACAGCGCAGCUGCCUUGCCUUGCCGCCACCCUCUGCAGGGCUCCUAUUCAGAUGAAACCAUGGGACACCCCAGAGCAGAGCAAAAACUGUUGCCUCCCAUCUGCCUGACUGUCCAGGGCCUCCUCAGACGCUCUCUUGCCCCAGGCUAGGGGCUGGUUCAUCUGACUCUGCUUCCCUGAAAGCUGCUGCCACCCUCCUCAGACCACAGUCCUGCAGGUGCGGCAGGUCCCUGAGGCACGCGGCUUUCUUCAAUUGCACUGCGUGUGCUUCUGGACCCGGUGCCACAGGGGGCCGCCUGCAGCCUCUUCUGUGGCUCACACUAGCUUCCUAGCCCCCCAGGUAAUGCAGAUGAUUUUGUCUCAUCAACCCUUUUCUUUCCCUGCCACCCUUACUUAUCAAGCAUAAUAUUACACUUUAAAAGACAGCAAAUAAGGACUUUGUAGAACCCCAAGACUCUGCUAACAAUGUUUGGAAAUGAGAAAAGAAAUGCUCUGAAAAAUAUCAGCCACCAAAAUAGUUUUGGCACUGUGUUCACGCGCAUGGUCCCCCCACACCCUGGUUGGGUGUUUUGUUUUGUUUGGGUUUUUUUGGGCUUUUUCAUGUUACAUCCAUAUCUGUAUUUAUAUCUUAUUUGUUUCACUUUCAAGUGUAUCAUGGCAAAUGUACAGAUUUUUUUUGUUAAUAAUGUGCUAGGAUUUGCUAAAAAAGAAAACAAAAAAAAACCCUUUUGAGUUUGCCCUAGAAUAAAUGAAACUUAAUUCAG